AUGCUCAGUGAGGCGCUGAAAACUAUCAACCUCCGCGGCAACUCGCUUGGCACGGAGGGCUGGUGCGCGAUCUUCGCGGCGCUGCGAGACAACAAGGAGAACAAGGUCGAGUCAUGGGACCUCUCGGGGGAGCGCAUCAACGUGAAGGUCGCCAAGGUGCUAGCGGAGUACGUCUCCGGCAGCGCGGUGCUGACCUCCUUGGAUGUGCGCGACAACGAGAUCGGCUCCACCGGCGCCGCCGCGAUCGCCGAGGCGCUGCGCGGCAACGAGGUGCUGACAGAGCUCAACAUUGGCGGCAACAAGAUCUGCCCCGAGGGCGGCGUCGCGAUCGGCAAGGCGCUCGCCGUCAACGGGGUGCUGAAAACGCUCAACCUCUGCUUCAACAACAUCGGAGAAGAGGGCGCCACAGCGAUCGGCGAGGCGCUGCGCGGCAACGCGGCGUUGACCGACCUCAACCUCGGCAAGAAUAAGAUCGGCGACAAGGGCGCCGCUGCGUUAGCGAUCGCCGAGUCGCUGCGGGGCAAUGCGGUGCUGAAAAGCAUCAACCUCAGCGGCAACUCGAUUGGCGCAGAGGGCUGGUGCGCGAUCUUCGCGGCGCUGCGAGACAACAAAAAGAACAAGAUCGAGUCAUGGGACCUCUCACGGCAGGGCAUCAACGUGGAGGUCGCCAAGGUGCUAGCGGAGUACGUCUCCGGCAGCGGGGUGCUGACCGCGCUUGACCUCGCCCGCAGCGGCAUCGACGAGGCGGGCGCCGUGGCGCUGGCCUCCGCUCUGCGCGUCAACGCGGUGCUGAAAACUCUUGACCUCUACAACAACCAGAUCCGCGCCGAGGGCGCCGCUGCGAUCGUCGAGGCGUUGCGAGGCAACGCGGUGCUGACCACCCUCGUGCUCAGCUAUAACGGCAUCGGCCCCUCCGGCGCCACCGCGAUCGCCGAGGCUCUGCAGGGCAACGAGAUGCUGACCGAUUUGAACCUCUACUGGAACAAGAUUGGCGACGAGGGCGCCACUGCGAUCGCCGAGGCGCUGCGCGGCAACGCGGUGCUGAAGAACCUCAACCUCUACUAUAACAACAUCGGCAACACGGGCGCCAUCGCGAUCGCCGAGGCUCUGCGAGGCAACGCGGUGCUGCAAAGCAUCGAUCUCCGCUGCAACAACAUCGACGGCAAGGUGAAGAGGUUCUCGACGUUCUUUGGCCGCAACGGCAACGGGAAGGAAGUAAUUCGAGAUGCGGUGAGCGGGCGGGUGGGGUUCGAGCUCAAGAUGUGA